UGCCUGAAGCUGUUUAAAACGAUUGGAAAGCGCCAUCUCACCUUACACAUAGUGACUACGUUUCUUUCUCCACAAGCACAGGCUUACGCUAAAUUUUCUGGUGCUCCCCUGACAGUGAAUACGAUAAGUAACUCUUGGAGAGCUCCAAAAGGAGAUGUACCAGUCCUGAUAGCAGAAGACAUUGUUAUUUCUCAGCCAGCAAAAAUAUUAAACUUCUUAAGAAAGCAGAAAUAUAAUGCUGAUUAUGAAUUGUCUGCAAAACAAGGAGCUGAUACACUGGCAUAUAUUGCACUACUUGAAGAGAAACUGCUUCCUGGUCUGCUGCACACUUUCUGGGUUGAGGCUGAAAACUACUGCAGUGUGACCAAGCCAUGGUUUGCCUCAAGAAUUGCCUUCCCACUGAGUUUAUAUCUGCCUGGGAAGAUGUCCAGGGAAGCACUGAACAGGAUCUUGCUGACCAGGGGAGGGCCUCCCCUCUACAGUCUGACUGAAGUGGAAGCACAGAUAUACAGGGAUGCCAAGGAGUGCCUAAAUCUACUGUCAAAGAGAUUGGGGACAUCGCAGUUUUUCUUUGGAGAUGCGCCCACCACCUUGGAUGCCUUUGUGUUUGGUUUCCUUGCACCAAUUUAUAAAGUGCGCUUCCCCAGAGUGCAAUUGCAAGACCAUUUGAAACAGCUUCCUAACCUGUGUCGAUUCUGUGAUGAUAUUUUAACUUGCUACUUCAGGUUAACUGUCUCAAGCCAUUCUCCAGCUGAACAGGAUACAGCAGAUGCUAAUCUGCAGAAACUCACACAACUUGUAAAUAAGGAAUCCAACUUGAUUGAAAAGAUGGACGACAACCUUCGUAAGAGUCCUCAGCACCCCCCUCGAAAGCUGACAACACUCAAGCUUGCUGCGGGUGGAGAGGAGAGCAGUCCUUUGAAUCGUUUGUCACCUUGA